UGGACUCAGGCAGGGAGGACAGAAGUCCCGCCCAAAAUCCCUAAUGUUUUUUUAGCCUCCCAAGCCCAUGUGCUUGUAUACAAAACUCAUCUCCCUUCUCAAAAAAUCCCGCUCCUUCUCAGCCGCCGCCGCCGCUCCCCCUCCUCCAGCUGCCUCCUCCCCCGCCAUGAGUAAGCCUCUAAAAACCCUCCGCACCCGUCUCUGCAUAAUCGGUAGUGGCCCUGCGGCCCACACCGCGGCCAUCUACGCUGCCCGCGCUGAGCUCAAACCCAUCCUUUUCGAAGGCUGGAUGGCCAACGACAUCGCCGCCGGAGGUCAACUAACAACCACAACCGACGUGGAGAACUUCCCCGGCUUCCCCGAAGGAAUUCUCGGCUAUGAGCUCAUGGAUCGAUGCCGCGCUCAAUCGCUCCGCUUCGGCACGGAGAUCUUCUCCGAAACGGUGGAAUCUGUAGAUUUCUCCUCUCGUCCUUUCCGGGUUCUCUCUUCCUCCACCGCCGUCGAGGCUGACGCUGUCGUCGUAGCCACCGGUGCCGUAGCUCGACGCCUUCAUUUCCCGGGAGCCGAUCUUUUCUGGAAUCGCGGUAUCUCUGCAUGUGCUGUUUGUGACGGCGCGGCUCCUAUUUUUCGUAACCGCCCCAUUGUGGUGGUUGGUGGCGGGGACUCCGCCAUGGAGGAGGCCAAUUUCUUGACAAAGUAUGGGUCUAGGGUUUUCAUUGUGCAUCGAAGGGAUGCGUUUAGGGCGUCCAAGAUCAUGCAGGCGAGGGCUUUGAGUAAUGAAAAAAUUGAGGUGGUGUGGAAUUCAGAGGUUGUGGAGGCUUAUGGUGAGAAUGAAGGAGGCCCGCUUGGGGGGGUGAAAUUGAAGAAUUUGGUUACAGGGGAGAUAACAAAUUUGGCCGUUUCGGGUCUGUUCUUUGCGAUAGGACAUGAGCCAGCAACCAAGUUCCUUGGGGGGCAGUUGGAGCUAGAUUCAGAUGGAUAUGUGGUCACAAAGCCUGGAACCACUCGGACUAGCGUGAAAGGAGUUUUUGCAGCUGGAGAUGUGCAGGAUAAAAAGUAUCGGCAGGCUAUUACUGCUGCGGGAUCAGGCUGUAUGGCUGCCUUGGAUGCUGAACAUUACCUGCAGGAGAUUUGAGCUCAAGAGGGAAAGACUGAUGGAUGAUCAUCAUAUUAUCCUGCUUGCUUCUCUCAUAUUACUUUAUUCACAGAAUACGGCAAUGGAAUCUUACAUAAAACUCCAUGCCAAUAUGUUGGGAUUAGCCGUGAUCAAAGGUGGUUGUAAAGAUCGUCUGAAAAUGGUUAGCCCCAUGAACUUUUUUAGAACAUUUGUGUCCUGAUUUAUCCAUUUUUUAUAAAAGACCGAGGUUGAUAUAUUUACGAAAUGAUAUGAAUGUUAUGCAGUUAUCUUUCCGCA